AUGGCUGCUCCCCCCGCCGCCGCCGCCGCAGCGGCAGCUUUCUCCUCGCCGCGGCUCCCCGCCGCCGCCAGCGGAGAGCGGCCGCAGGCCGUGCUCGGGAGCCGCCCGGCCGGCCGCUGGCGGUGCCGAGAGCGUCAGCCGAGUCGGGCCGCGGGGGUGUGCGAGGAAGGGGCGAGCCGAGGCGAGCCGGGCUGGGCUGCGCGUCCCCGCUGCGGGCUGACGCCUCCGCCCGCUCGCACUGAGCCAGCCCCGCCGGCUCCGGGCGCAGGAGGGGCCGCGGGGACGCCCGUGCGCCGGCGACACCUGGCGGCCGAGGCGGCCCCGGCUGAGCCGGCGGCUGCGCGGGGAGCGGGGGGGUCAGGGCGGAGCGCGGGGAAUGCCCCGAGCGGCGGCGCGGGGAGCGGGGGCUGCCGCAGCGCUUCUCUGGGCCGCCCUCCCCGCUGCGGGGGAGCCCGGCCGCGCCGAGCCGAGUGGGGCGCUGCUGCCGUUCGCCGGUCCUCCAGCGGCCGUGCGCGGCCGCCUCCUCCCGCGGGAGGAAGUGGGUCUCGUCGGCAGAGGCUCCCGGGAAGCCGAGCCGGGGCCCUGCGUGCUGCUGGCCGUCCGAGGGGUCUCCCCGAGCCGUUUCGUGUAGGGCAGGGUAGAAAAGUGGCGUUUGCUCGCUUCAUUUUUACCGGUUCCUUGGCAGCGUUUCCUCUUGGGUUUGCAGGGGGAUUUAGCUCAUCUCUGAGGCGUCCCCCUGCUCCCCCUUCCUGCGGCUGGCACAUUACGGUGCCCGCACCAUCCCCCUUGUCCUCCUUGUGGUCGCUCUGACAGCGCCAGCCGCGCUGCCUUCCUGCGCUUAGAAUCCUUCUCCCCUCAGCGAUCCAGUCUGUGUUUCCUCACUUCUCAGCCCUUUCCAGCCCUGAAUUUCUUAGGCUUUGUGAAGGAGACCUAGAAGAUAAACCUAGACAUUCUGCUCUCAGAUGAUAGUUUGGAGAUAUGAGAGAAACAGGGAGCUGCUGGAACAUAUUGCAGAAGCCUAAAGCACUUAGCAACAGAGAAAGUGUGGGCUGCAACGACAGAAGCCGGAAUGUGGAAACAAGUGACAUCGAGGCGGCUGUUUGGGAAAGAAGAGCUUUUACUUUGUUUAUAAUUUCAGUAGUUCUAAAGAACUUGGCAGUGUGGGAGGUCACUGCAGUCUCUGACUCUGCACAUAUCCUUUUCUGUGUGCCUGUUUUUCAAAUGCCUAUGAUAAUUAUUACCAAGAGUGCUGGAUGUUCUAAUUUCCUUUUGUAUUUCCUGUUUCUCAAAAACUAGAGAAGUAAAAUUAAGGUAUUUGUUUUGCAUCAGUUUAUUCUGUUAAGACAUACUCAUGUGGCAGGCACUGUGAAUAGUUUUUUAAAUUAUAGUGAUAAUGUCUUCUGGAGUGAUGCAAUCAUUUACCGUGAUGCUUUUUAGUGCUUUGCACUAGAAUAUCCUGAUAGGGUGCACUAAUGAUAGUGUGGA